AACGCGCAGCUCAAACGCGACCGGUUCAAGCAGUGCGCGCUGUACGCAUAAAUCUUCAGCGUAUUUUUUCGAGCUUAUUUUGCAUAAUUAAUUGUAGUCGAUUUUUGGUGGAAAGAACAAGCUGCUAUUAUUAUUAUUAUUAUGGCUGGAAACAAAUUGUGCUGCACUUUGGCAAUUGGAGCCAUAUUGUGUUUGGCAUUCUCGGUUCUCAUCCAAGCACAGGAUAAGCCGGUUACUGAUGUCUGUCUGGGCUGCAUUUGUGAGGCGAUCAGUGGUUGCAAUCAGACCCAGUUUUGUGGCGGCGGAGUCUGCGGCCUAUUCAGGAUCACCUGGGCCUAUUGGGCUGACGGCGGCAAGCUGACACUGAACAAUGAGAGUCCUCUAUCCGAGGAUGCCUUUACAAACUGUGUUAAUGAUCCAUAUUGCGCUGCAAAUACCAUACAGAAUUACAUGUCCAAGUUUGGACAAGAUUGCAAUGGAGAUGGCGGCAUCGAUUGCUACGAUUAUGCGGCCAUCCAUAAACUAGGUGGAUAUGGCUGCAAGGGUGAGCUGAGUUAUCAAUAUCAGAGUGCUCUCGAUAAGUGCCUGGUCUUGUUCUCGCCUCUUGAUGUGCGCAACUCGAAAUAAUCCCUCCAACAGCUAAUCUACUAAUCUACGAGUAUAUAUAUAUAUAUAUAUUUUUUUUAAUUAUUUAUAUUUCGAAUUGGAAUGUGAACUGUGCAAAAACUUUAUGACAAUUACACAUCAAAGGAGUGUUUUUAUUUUAAUAAAUGAACAUAAAAUUUCUAAUAUAA